CGCCUACAUAUUGAACAUCUUUUUGGACUAUUUUACGCGUGGGAUCAAGUUUCGUAUAUUUUUUCAUUGCGCAAUGGCGGAUGGUGUGGAAGCAGGUUGUUCUCGUCCAAAACGAGUGAAAACGUAUUGUAACCGUAAUAAAGGGCUUACAGAAAAAGAACUGUAUGAUAUUCUUGCAAAUUCGGGGAGUGAAAUCGAGAAUAUAAGUGACUCAGACAAUUAUGUUCCCAGUUCAGAUGGAAGUGAGAAGUCUGAUGGAAAUAUGUCUGAAACGAGUGAUGAUUUUUUCAGCCCACAGUCACCUACAGCUACGAAUUUAGUAGAUACGAGCAUGUGGAAUGAUGAGAUAAAAAAUAUUUAA